GUCUUUACCGUUGACGUCCCUCUCCUCCCUUUUUCUCUUGUCACGGUGUUUUUCGGAAGGUGGAGGGGGGGGAUCCCGUUUUCUUUCGCCUCCUUCACAGAAAACAAAUGCUAUAUUUCCGCCACAAGGGAGACAUAUCUUCGUGUUGCGCGGCUGCACAUCCGAAGCCGGCGACUUUUCAUUCAACGCCACAGCACUUUUAACCAAACCGAAUGAGAGGAGCUAAGGGCGGACUGGACUGAUACGAAGAGCCGGAGACAGACUGGGAGGCUGCACAUUCGCCGCUUUCUUUAAUACAACCGCAGUUUGCCAUUGAUUUAUUUUCCAAAGGCCCCGGGCAUCCCCCGGUCUCCUGAAAUGUUAUCUCAGACGGUUCCGGGUUCUGUUUUCGCGACAGUUUCUCCGUGGGGUCCACCGGUUUGACCCUUGUCACCCAGAAAAAUUAGCUAGCUAACAGGAAAACACAAACUCCCCCUUUUUUUCUCAGCUCAGUCCGUGGUGGUCACAGGGACACAGAGAGCCCACGGCUGUGUUUCCUCUUAUUAACCCUUAUCAGUUGCCUCAGUGGUUGUGUGUUCACUCCUUUUUCACCAGAAGACGAUGCAGCUAAAAGGAAACUGGUGACCCAGGGGACUGUUUUGAGAAAGAUCCAGCCAGUGUCCACCGAAAUGCCUACUUAUUUUUUUCUCCUGGACGGCGGAGCGCACUCAGGGACGAAAAUGUCUUUACGCAUGGCACUGCCUGGGAACGAGCGGAACCCGGACCAUCAUACCUCCCUGUCGGCCAGCCGCUCAGAGAAGGGUACUGGCUGGUCAAGCCGCUCACUUGGUGCCCGAUGUCGUAACUCCAUCGCCUUGUGUUCAGACGAGCAGCCACACAUUGGAAACUACCGGCUACUCAAAACCAUUGGCAAGGGCAACUUUGCCAAGGUCAAACUGGCACGGCACAUAUUGACUGGCAGAGAGGUUGCAAUAAAGAUCAUCGAUAAAACACAACUCAACCCAACCAGCCUACAGAAGCUGUUUCGAGAGGUACGCAUCAUGAAAACCCUCAACCAUCCCAACAUAGUGCAUUUGUUUGAGGUGAUUGAGACAGAGAAGACUCUUUACCUGAUUAUGGAGUACGCCAGUGGAGGCGAAGUGUUUGACUACCUCGUGGCUCAUGGCAGAAUGAAGGAGAAAGAGGCCAGAGCCAAGUUCAGACAGAUUGUGUCAGCGGUGCACUACUGUCAUCAGAAGAACAUUGUUCACAGAGACUUGAAGGCUGAGAACCUGCUACUAGACGCAGACUCCAACAUCAAAAUAGCUGACUUUGGCUUCAGUAACGAGUUCACUGCGGGCAGUAAACUGGACACGUUCUGCGGUUCCCCGCCCUAUGCUGCCCCAGAGCUCUUCCAGGGGAAGAAGUAUGACGGUCCAGAGGUGGACAUCUGGAGCCUGGGUGUCAUCUUGUACACACUGGUUAGUGGGUCGUUGCCCUUUGACGGACAAAACCUAAAGGAGCUGCGGGAGCGUGUUUUGAGGGGGAAAUAUCGCGUACCCUUCUACAUGUCUACAGACUGCGAGGGAAUCCUGCGCCGCUUCUUGGUCCUCAACCCUGCCAAGCGCUGCUCGCUGGAGCAAAUAAUGAAAGAUAAGUGGAUCAAUGUCGGCUAUGAGGGUGAGGAGCUGAAGCCUCACACAGAGCCUGUGGAGGACUUCAACGAUACUGGUCGCAUCGAUGUGAUGGUUGGGAUGGGCUUCACCAGAGAAGAGAUCAGAGAUUCUCUGGCCAGUCAGAAGUACAAUGAGGUCACCGCUACGUACCUGCUGCUUGGACGCAAGAAUGAGACUGACGGCAAUGAGUCUCGGUCGGGCAGCAGUCUGAGUCUAGCCCGAGUCCGGCCUGGCACCAUCACCAACGGAACCAGCAAACACUCCACAUCCUCCUCCUCUUCUGGUGCACCCCCUUCCUCCUCUGGGCACAAAGCACAGCGCAGCGCCUCGACAUACCACCGCCAGAGACGACAUUCUGACUUCUGUGGUCCAGCAGUUCCGGGGUCGACGCACCCCAAACGGAGUCCCAGUGGUGUAGGCGAAGGGGCGGGGCUUAAAGAGGAGCGAAUGUCAAUCCGCAAGCCGAGCACCAAUACCGUUGGGUCCCGUAGCAUCCCAGCCCCCUCUAGUCCCAUGGUUAGCUCCGCUCAUAACCCAAAUAAGGCCGAGAUACCUGACCGGCGCAAGGAAGUUAACUCAACCACAAAUAACAUCCCUGCUAGUGCCAUGACUCGAAGGAACACAUAUGUGUGUACAGACCGAUCCGGCACUGAUAGACACCCACUGCUGCAAAAUGGCAAGGAAAACAGUACCUUAUCCCACCGCCUUCCCCCUGCCUCCCCCUCCACUCACAGCAUCGCCGGCGCCUCUGGGGCAUCCUCUUCGUCCUCCACGCCCUCCUCCCGCCUGUCCAGGGGAUCCACAGUGAGGAGCACUUUCCAUGGAGGGCAGAUUAGAGACCGUCGGCCUCCCUCCCAUGCUCCCCCAGCUUCCCCCACACCAUCCCACGAUGCCAGCCCACUGCCCCAUGCCAGGACCCGGGCCACAACCAACCUGCUGAGCAAAAUCACCUCCAAGUUGACUCGCAGGGUCACAGACGAACCUGAGAGAAUCAGCAGAUCUCCGGUCACAAGUCGCCAUCUAUCUGGGCAUCAGAAAGCGGCCGAGCCCCGGACCCCCCGAUGCGGCUGGGAUGUGAGGGUGCGGAGCCCUCGCGACCCGGCCGAGGUGGUGCUAGCACUGCGCGAGGCGGCGCAGGGCUGCGGCUGCCAGGUCCACCUGGCCGGGCCUUUCCUCCUGUCCUGCACCCACGGAGCAGCCGGCGCCCGGGUGGCCUUCGAGGCCGAGGUCUGCCAGCUGCCCAGCGGGCUGGGCCAGAGCAGCGGUGUGAGGUUCAAGCGCCUGUGGGGGGCACCAUUAGCCUUUAGAGACAUUGCCACCAAAGUGUCCAAGGAGCUAGAGCUCUGAGGGCGACAGGAGGCGGGGCAGAUUGAUGAAGGACAGGACAGGUUGACGAAUGAGGAGGGAUGAGGAGGAGGAGGAACAAUGAGACAGACACCAUUGCCUCCUUCUCUUCCUCCUUAGGCUCCACCUCAUCUGAUGCGGCUAGCGAUGCCUCGCCUCCGCCAAAGACCCUCUUCCUCUGAUGCCACCAAUCACAGCCAGAAAAACGGAUGCACAAACACGGAUAGACCGCCAUCGGCAGACUUACGAUGACCCUUGAUCUUGGAGCUAUCAGUGACCUACGACCCCUGCUUAAAACACGCCACCACCUCCAUAUUAUGUGAGCCCAUGGAGUCAAACUGUUGUUUUUGUUUUUGUUUUUUUUUUUCAAAU